AAAUAGUUGAUUCUUCUUGUCAAUUAAGUCAAUGUGUUUACUAUUUGUCACUCUAAGGAAAAACAUAUAAAAGUCUCAGAAAUUCCCAUUCUCUUUGAAAAUUUCACCAUAUUUAGUAUUUACUAAGAAGUGAGUUAUGCACAGAGUUGUUUUAAAAAGUAACUAAAAAUUAUACAAAUUGAAUGAUGGCACCUUUCAGUUUAGAAAAUGAAACUCUGGGAAAAAAACACAGAAAUUAUAACAAAAAGCUAAAUGAUUUAAUAUCUCGUAAUCCAAAUGAAAAACCAAAUGCUAUUAAUUUUAAUGAUAGUGACAUAGAAAACUUAUUAAAAAUAGAUAUUGCUUGCCGGCAAAAAGAUGUUGAAUAUAUCCUUGAGGUAUUUAAAUGUAAAGAUAUGUUAUAUGUAACGAGAAGCAUAAAGCAGGUGAAAUGGCUAAUAAUAGAACCACAAUAUGCUCACAUCAUCAAUCCAACUUAUAUACAUGAUGAGUUGCUUCCCUGCAUGAGUACAAAAGCAUACCAUAAACUUAUGCUGUAUAUUCGAUUACAUCUCCGAGAUGAGGAAAGAGUUGAUAUGUUUUACACUUACUUACAAGAUACAGAUCUUAAAAGAGCAUUUAAAUGGCUGUACUAUGCGUCACCAACAUUAAUACAAAAAGUACUAAAGCAGCAUGGUAAGAUUGUACCUUUGACUGUCACAAAACGUCUGUGUAAAAAGUCAAAUUAUAUAUUAGAAUAUUGUAAAGAUAUAUUUAAUAUGAAUCAUUAUGAUGAAAUGAAAGAGGCACAGGAAAUAUUAAGAAAUGAUCACACCAUGUAUAUGAAAUUUCUGAAUAUUAUGCAAGAAUAUGAAAUACCAAAACUUUCAGCCAAUAAAACAAAGAAAAUAAUGAAAAAUUGCCCUGAUGAAAUUGUAAAUAAUAUUGCAAAAUUCAUUAGUAAAGUGCAUAUUGCAACUGUUGCAAAACAUAUUUCAUCAAAACAUAUUCAAGCCUUUCUAGAGAAAAAUAGUCAAAACCCAUACUAUAAGCCUUUAUACAAAUAUGAUAAACUAAAAUGUUUUAUUAAACGUUUACCAGAAAAAGAUAGGAUUGAUUUUGUAAAAACUGUAUUUUUGGAAAAAACUGAAAUAAAGUUUACAGUGGAAAAUGAUCUGUAUAAUAAUACUAUGAUCCGCUGUUUAACAAAUAUGAAUAAUGAAUACCUCUGGUACGAGCUUAUGCCUUUUGACUUAGCAUUUAUUGGCUUAAAAAAAUUAAUAGGAACUGCAUCAAACCCUCUAAAAAAGUGUAACAUGCUUUGUUUGCUUUUGUCUUGUGCACGUGGCUGUGAAAUGCAUUUGCAAGAAAUACUUCAAUAUUAUAAUAUACAUCACAUAAAUGAAGCUUUCAAAUACAAGUCGAAAUUCGUCAAACAUUUUCUAUCUAAAGUAGACACAUAUCAUUUUGAAAAUACUACCUGGAAUCUUCUGAAUAAUGUAUUUUAUAGCAUGGGAAUUUACAAUCAGUUUUGUAAGAACAAGGUUGAUGAAUGUGUGGAUUGCAUUCUUCUAUAUAACAUUAUUAACGGUUAUAAAGUGCCUGAUGUAAUAAUAUCCAAGUUUAGAUUUAAAACUUUUAAAAAUAUUCACAAAAAGUUAAGCGAAGAAGAAAAAACAAGUUUAUUAGAAUUUUUAAUUAAAUUCAAUAGCAAAAAACUACAGCAAUAUAACAUUGUAGAGGAAAAGGAUUUUUUAGCAAUUUUGGAAUGCUUUAAAAAUUUAUCAGACAUGAGCCAUCACUAUAAGAAACGUCUAGAUGAUUUUCCAACUGCCUCCAAAGAAAUGAAUGAUAUCAUAGUUUAUCUUGUGAGUCAAUCGAGAACUGAAGACCUAAGAGAAAUAUAUAAUAUUGGAUUCAAUUUAAAAAAUUAUGUUAUGUUGAAUAAUUCUAUUUUUAUAAGUGAAACAGAAAAUGAUUGUAUAAAUGCAUUAAGAUAUGCACCACACUUGCUACUUGGACAAGUCAAGAAUAUAAUUGGGAACUCUAAGCUGCCUAAAAGAAGAUUUUUUCAAAAGCUUCGAGUUUUUUGGCAUGACUCACUUGCUAUAAUAUUUAAGGAUACAUAUUUUAAAAUUUUAACUGAAUGUUCUUGUGACAAUGCUGAUACAAUAGGAAACAUUAUGACUCUUUUAUCACAAAAUGAAACUGAGAAAUUGUUACAGAAAUAUUUAGUUACUGAUUGUAGAAAAAACAGUAGUCUACAAAAAAGCAUAGUAAAUCAUUUACAUAAGGCUCGACCAACACCUUCAAUAGAAAUCUUGUCAUCGAACAUAAACAAUGUGAAUGUUUCAUAUGUUUCUGUAGCUUUAAAUUGUUUGCUCUCCAACUAUAACUCUCUUGAAGCUCGUCCAUACGUUUACCGACUUUAUGAAAUGUAUAAUCCGUUGCGAAAAGUUGCUUUAAAGUUAGCCUUCACAAAACUUAAGCACAAUGAAAUAGUGAAAUUAUUUCAUGAGGCUUGGUUAGUUACUAAAAACCGUUCCUUGCGAAGUUUAUUAUUCAAAUUAACUUUUUCUAUGUUAUCUUCAUCAAACAAAGAUAAAGAAACUAAUGAUAUAUGGGAGCUUUUGGACAGCUUUAUUGGUGAUUUAGGAUUAAAUGAACAUAAAUCUAUAUAUGGAACAUUAUGUAACAUAAAAAAAUGUCCGAUAAUAGUACUGCCACAUUAUUAUAAGAGAGUGGCAGUAUUUCUAAAAAAUUUACCAAAUGGUAACUAUUAUAAAAAUUUUGAUAAUGGCCUGUCUAUUUCUGAUUCUAGUAUAAAUUGGAUUUUAGAUAUAGAUUAUGUUUUAAAGAAAAUGGAUGCAGAUAUAAAAAACUUGUUAACAAAACAUUGUUAUGCCUAUUGGCUACCUGAUUACUUGAUGGAUGUCAAAGACGAGAAAACCCAAAUGGAGAGGUAUAACGCUAUUUUGGUACCACUCUUAGAUUAUGUAUUAUGUACAGAUAUAUGGCAAACUGAGUCACCAGCUAAGAAAAACUUUUUGUUCAUUAUGGAAAGACUAUAUAAUUUUAUUGGAACGUAUCAAUUUAAUAAAAAAAUAGUUCUACCUAUUACAAUGUUUUCCGAUAUUCAAUCAAGGAUGGAAAAUGGCAUUCCCUAUGACGAAAAUUACUUUCUUCUGAGAUAUACAAAAUUCGCUGUUUGCUAUUUAAAAGUUGCAAAUACUUGUCUACGCUUGUAUGAAAAUAAACACGAACUUUCUACAAUAGUUUGUGAAAGUUUCGGAAAAGUUUGUGUUGAGCAACUAAACGAAGAUAUAAAGAAAUAUUCGACUGCAAUUUACUCGACUUUUUCCCAAGCAUUGGAUCAUAUAAUCUAUAAACUGGAGUUUUGCGGAAAUGAAAAAAUGCAUAUAUUACAAGGAAUUAUGACGUGUAAUCCUUCAGUGGAAGGGUAUAAAAUGGUAGUGGAAUUGCUGCCAAGGGAAGUGUUUAACGUAGACCAAUAUAAUUUACGCAGUUGUAUACUACUAAAACUCAAAGAUCAUCCAUUAGAAACUGUAAGAAUGCAUUUACACAAUCAUUUUCUCAGAGUUUAGACAAUAAAAUGAAAUACAAACAAUGUGAAGCCUUGUAACGUUUCUCUGGACUCUGAGAAUAAUAUUUUGAGAUCAUGUGCAUGUGUGGAGGAUACAAUUUUUUAUGCAAAAUCCGUGGUAUAAAAAACUAUUAAACUAUUAAUAUUUUUUAUUUUAUGGAUCACAAAAGGUCUUACAUGUAAAGUCAUACAUACGUACAUGUAUACUUAGCUAUACAUCUAUAUAUAUAUAAAGGAAAGUGGUGUUAGUUACACUAUUUAUAACUUAAGAACGGAUUAACUGAUUUCGCUGAAAAUUUGUUCAGAGGUAGCUUAGAACCGAAGGACGGACAUAGGAAUAAAAACCAUUUUUAUACCGGAAAUCCCACGGGAACGGGAACAGGCGAUGAAAACCCCGGGUCUAUCUUACCUGCGACUACGCGGGCAAAGCCGCGGACGGAAAGCUAGUCAUUUAUAAAUAUAAGUUGGCGUAUGCAGAACCAGUUAUAUAUGACCACAACUUAUACACAAACGUUAACAUAAAUUUAUGAGAUCAAACAAACUCAAACAAGGUGUAAACCUGCAGUAGGUGAAUCUGCUCAAAGUGUCUACGCUUAUAAAGUGGCCAGGCCUGGCCCCUUGGAAUAAGUGUAAUACUUGCAUAUGAAGUUAGAGUAAACAUAAACGAGCUACAGAGCGCGUAUCACUAAGUAUAAACUAAAAGCACAGCUUUGCGACAAAUUUUUUUAGCUGUUUCUCUCCAAAGUUGUAUGUUUUUCUGUAAGUGUUCAUGUAAUUUUCAUGCUGGAGGUCAUAUAUCUCCGGAUAAUGACUUACAAGUACAAUUAGUUUUUCUUCGUUUAUCGGCAUUUUGGAAUAAAGAUUAUCGCGCGUCCAAGAAUCUUGCUUGACUGACUAUGAAAAAUUUGUGGAACCGUACUCCGCGGCAGGGGAACUACACGUCACGACAGGUCGCGACAGUUUUGGGGAUUGAUCAACUCUGCCGACUGCCGCGCAUUUCUGCUGCAGUGUAGUUCCGCUGCGGCUUAGUGCAUGUUGUCUCAUACAAUUUCAUAUAAAUAAUAUUUUGUUGCGUCGUGACUCUCAAUUCCGCUGCGGUGCAGCUACGCAUACAUACAUACAAAUAGGCAAAUGUAAUAUUAUGACAACGAAACGGCAAGUUUUAAAUAACCCUUGAGAAAUCUUUUUUUUUGAA